AUGGCCGGCCAACCGUGGCCGGAUGGCAGAUUCAUCUGGAACCUCGCCAACGAAGCGCUGUAUUCAGAGUUGCACUUGUCGCCUGGCGUGCCUAUUAUUACCGCUAUACUGCUCAACGUGGGCGGCCGUCCGACAACUUCCUUGAUUGGAAACGGCGUGCUCCUGGCUUCGGCCGUGUCUAUAGCGCAUUCGCUCGGGCUGAAUCAUGAUCCGACGGACUGGAAUAUACCAGAGUCGGAGAAACGCCUCAGAAUGAGUAUUUGGUGGGCAUUGUUUGUCCAUGAUAAAUGGACAAGCCUGGCUCAGGGAACACCACCACGCAUCGCGCGGUCGCAGCACGAUGUGCCACCUCCAACGCGCCAGCAGCUAUGCAAACCUGGCCUUGUGGAAAAGGACACAUGGGCCGCGACUAUAUUCGCUGCCCUUGUUGGAUUGACCAGCGUUCUCGACACAUGCCUAGAGAACAUGUACAGCAUUGAGCAACGACAGAGCAGGGGUACGCUGCAAAUUGAGUUGGCACUACACACGUGGGUAGACUCUUUAGAAGAGGUGCCCCGGAUGAUAAUUGUGCGAGGCACAAGCUUGGAUUUACCAGGAGCAUCCAAUCUGCGCCUGGCAUACCUAAGUAUGAAGCUGCUCUUACAAAGGACACAGCUGGAAGCUAUGAAGCAAGCCUCCAACUCGUCAGAGGAGCAGCUCUUGAACAGCUCUCUGCAGGGUCGUCAGUUGGCAGAAGAGAUACUUUUCUUUACCCAAGAUCUUCAACCUAUCCAACUGAAUGAUUUCUGGCUGCCAGUGGCCGCAUUUACUUACCCGAGCACCAUCAAUCUCCUCCUCCGCAACGCACUCGAGACUGAGAGCUCUGUGACGGGCCUCGCGCAAACUUCAUCUUUUCAGCUGGCCAGACAAUUCAUCGGCAUACUACGUCUUCAUAAAGAAGCUCAUGGCUGGGACAUGGGCGACGUUUGCUUGGCACAGCACGCUGAAGUAAUCGACAAGGUGCUUGCAAACGUGGCGCAAGAAAGCCAUGGUGCGGAGAACAUGCUUGACCUGCACGAUUUUGUCAUGUCUGAUGAUUUUAUGCUAGAUGAAUUCUUCCCCAGUCUCUGGGAUCCACUGCAUAAUGUUUGA